AAUUCGUAGUCGCAUGAUAAGUCCAGGCUGAAAAAACCAUAAAGACGUAUCUUCACAACUUAUAUUUCAUCGUUGAAUCUGUUUGGUCCCAAGAUGUUGGCGGCCUCCUCGUCCACGAGUUCUACAUGUCCAGCGGCUGCCGCAGCCCCCAGCCAAUCUUCUGCCGCUGCCGCAAAGCCUUCUCCCGAAGCGAUCAUCCAGCCGCACCAGCUUGACCCGCUUUGCGUCAAAAUUCGGGAGCAGACCCUCUGCGUAACGCGUACUGCGCUGGAGAAGGCACUGGGGUGGACACCAAAGAGUAGACAGUACGAGGAGCUGGUGAAAAACUUGGACGUAGAAAAGGCUGAGUCGGUCUGUGCUGACUUUUCUCCUGCAAGUACUUCUGGGGAAAAAGCAAAUCUUGAUACACAGCCUGCGGUGAUCUUUCUCCGUCCAGGGGAUACACUGUCCACCGUGCCGGACCUUUCCGCAGAGAAGCUCCACGACGAGCUGAGUCGCGAGCUUCGAGACGCCGCUAGAGAAAUCGGGCUGCUGGGCGAUGAGCAAGCAUCAACGCGCAACUCAACAAUGCUCGCAAGUGGAUCUGCAAAAGAUCAAACCGCAACAAGCAAAUCUUCCGUUACGGAGACCACGAUUUCCAGCACAACAGAGCCGCAUCAAGGCUUGCGAGCGAACGGGGCACCGCAGCGCGUGGAGCAGCAGUCGCAACCGGAUAGCAACAAGCACGAGGCGCAUGAGGACGAAUACGAGCAGGUUGCCGCCCCGCUUUUGGAGACAUCACGAAAAGCCUGCGAAUUUUCGGAACGGGUUGAGCAGUGCCAUGAGCGGAGACGGAAGGUCUUAGGCGGCAUCGUUGACGCCCGAGCAAAACUCGAGUCUUUGGAAACCAGCAUGACAGAACAGAUGCAUAGCAUUGUGCCAUGUCUCGUACACGACGUCGCGUCGAACAUCGUCUCAGACGCGGUCACCCGGGCAGGCGGGGUGGGAAUCAGUUUUCGCCUGAUGAAAAUGGGCGGACAGGAGAUAGCGAACGGAACAGCACUGUGUGUCGCGGCACCCGGGCGUCUACCACUGAAUUCACGAGCUCAGAAGCUACGGCUGACAGCUGAGUUCAUCAGUGUUUUUGAGACGCUGGAAGGCGUGAUGCGACAAUUUGCAACUACAACAGAGGCGGCGUUCAUGGUGGGUGUCGUCGAAAAACUGGAAAGGCAGCUUCAACUACCACCAAACAAUUUUGACAAGCGAGCCCGGUUUCGAGAGCCUGUGAGGCCUGCGUCGUUGGUGGACGGUGUCGCAUGGACCGGGGGAUUGUUGGACGCACAAAGCAUAGUGCGGCAUGAAUUUCUUUUUCCCGAGUCACCAUUUUUGCCUGAACUGCGCUUUUCCUCUCGUCACAGAGCAACAGUGAUAGUGCGGGAACGUGAGCAUGACGACCUCGAGUUUUCUAUACUAGAUGAAGAUAUUCCGAAGCUCCUUACAGCAGGGUCGCUGUGCCUGAGGGUGUGUCCGUAUCGUGGCUCGGUGCAGCGGUGCUUCAUUAUUUGCGACGCGGAGCGCAACCUUGUCAAAACGAGUCUCGUGGCGACGGAAGAGGACCCGUCGCGCGACAACGUCAUCGAUCUCAACGACGAGACCGAGUUCCCGUUUUUGGUCGACGACGUGCCGAUUCUGUUUUGCGCGGACACUGAUUCGUCGGCUUUGACUUUUCGGAGGAAAUACGAGGGCACCUACUGUGUGGUGAUAGAGCUGUAUCCACGAUGAAAAACGCUGGAUUACUCUGGAUACUAUACUAACUUGUAUAUCUGCCAUUGCAGAAGUUGCAGUGGAAUCACGCAGGCCACGCCGGACGAAUACUUUAGGCAUUUUUCUUGCAGUAUCUGCAUUAAUAAAAAAGCGUUUCUCUAGGUGGAUAAACUCAAGAUUGACCAUACAAGUUUCCGCGACGACCACCAUGACUGGGACUGGGACGAUGUCAAGCGGGCGGUUGUUGAACACGGCAUCCUGCAGUCUCAUUCACCUGCUGAAGAAGACGAUGAGAUCGAUCUCGAUGACGUCGAUGACAUCUAUCACAUUGUGCGUUUUACGCUGUUCGCAAAUAAUGAGGAAUUUGACGACACUGACAUGAAAACGAUGGACCUGGCUUUCAAAACCGCUGACGAAGCUAUCAAGUUCUACGACGAAUUGAAACUGGUGCACAAAAUCAUUCGUGAGUACUCCAAGACGACAGCGUAUGCAAGAAAAAAACUGUGCAAGUGUAAAUCUGUGAUGCAGAAAAUGCAAAACAGUUACACUUGUCAUGCUGGAAGUGCGUCAUAGGCUACUAUCAUACGCGUUUCCACGUACUAGCUGCGCAUGAGAGGUUUUCCGUGUGAUGCAAAACGAAUUUGUGAUGCUGCUCUUCCUACACCUACAAAGUUACACUUACACAGUUUUUUUCCUGGAUACGGCGUGGAAAGAUAUCGUCACGGGCAAAGACAACUGCGAAGGCCUCGAGUGGAAACACGUUUUUCCAGCUCCGGGGGUGUUCAAGCCAGAGAACGUGAAGUUUCUGGUCGAGGAACUGCAGGAGCCAGCUUCUCCCGACGUCAGCACGACCUCCGACGAACACGACAACUCACUGGAACAACAGGAAAUAAAGCAUUCAUCCUGUGGCGAGGCGACGAUGGCUAUCGACUGCAUAACGUCGCUCGACGCGGUUUCAGGAAGGCUUGUACGGGAGAGGCUGCUCCCCGACGAAGAAACUGCUGCCGUCGCAGGAGGGGACACUGCCAUCAGCACUUCUGCGGUUUCCAACACCGCAGUCGUUUCUGGCUCACAAGACGACGCCGGCAUCCUUCGUGCAGACCAGACCUGGCUCGACGUGGCAACGGCGGUCUUUGAAAAGCGGCGGCGAAAGAAGGAGCCUAUGAGGGAGCCGAUCGAGAUUAAGUGCGUUUUUCCGCAGUUAUAGACUGAUCUGGGGCGGAGGAUUCUGUUCUCGAGCACUGAUGAUGAAGACUGAGAAUAUCUCGUGAAGGAGCAAGAAAGUGGCACUAAUGCUGCUCGCAAGGAACGGAUCCGGGUGUUCUAGGCUUCUUUUGCGACUAUGAAUUCGCGUGGCAGUGGAGAUAAAAAGAUGAUUACAAGACAUUAUUACAUCAUUUUGCCAUCUUGAGAUGAGCUGCUCUGCAACUUCAACGACAAACAAAAGCAC